AUGGAUCAGAAAACGUGGCUUUGGAGGAAAAAAUCCUCAGAAAAGACAAUUAUAGCAACUGACAACACCAAUCUCACUUCAAAAGAAAAUGAAGAGGUACUGGCACUUCUAGCUGAUAAAGAAGAAUUGGAGAAAGACUUGAAAAGAAUAAAUAAUAAGCUUGCUUCAGCACUUUCUGACUGUAAUGCUAAAGAUGAGCUGGUGAAGAAACAAACAAAAAUUGCGCAAGAAGCAGUGGCAGGUUGGGAGAAGGCAGAAGCUGAAGUGUUGUCUAUGAAGCAAGACCUGGAUGAAGCUUUGCAGCAGCGAUUAGUUUAUGAAGAAAGAGUAUCCUAUUUGGAUGGAGCUCUCAAGGAAUGUAUGCAGCAGUUACGUUUUGUUCGUGAAGAACAAGGGCAUAGGAUUCAUGAUGCUGUGAUGAAAGCUUCAAAAGAAUUUGAAAAAGAGUACAUGGUUUUGGAGGAGCAGUUAUCUGAGACAAGUAAAAGGCUUACAAAAGCUGAGAUUGAAAAUUCUCAUCUCAAUAAAUCCAUUUUCACAAGAGAAAAUUUGAUUGAAGAUCUGAAAAGGCAAUUGACUCAAGCUGAGGCAGAUCAUAGUGCACUGAUGAUUAGAUUAGAUUCCACUGAGAAAGAUAAUGCCUCUCUGAAGUAUGAGAUUCGAGUGCUUGAAAAGGAAUUUGAGAUCCGGAAUGAGGAGAGAGAAUUUAAUCGUCGGACAGCUGAUGCUUCUCACAAGCAACAUUUAGAGUCUGUUAAAAAAAUUGCCAAGUUAGAAUCAGAAUGUCAGAGGCUGCGCGUUCUAGUUCGGAAACGGUUACCAGGUCCCGCUGCCCUGGUAAAAAUGAAAAAUGAAGUUGAAAUGUUGGGACGGGACUCGCUUGAAAUGAGGAGGAACAAGUUGAACUCAACCAGUUUAAUGGUUGAAUCUUCAGCUGACAGUUCUCCUGAGACUACCAUUAGAAGAAUCAAUGCUCUGACUGAGCAGCUAUGUGCUAUGGAAGAAGAAAACAAGACUUUAAAAGAAUCCCUAAACAGGAAAAUGAAUGAGCUCCAAUUCUCAAGAGUAAUGCUGUCUCGCACAGCUUCUAAACUUCUGCAACUUGAGUCACAAGUUGAAGAAUCAUCUAAAGGUCAAGUAAUUGUGGAGCAGCCGAGAAGUAACCUCACAUCACGUGAGUUCUCUUUGGCAUCAAUGUCUGAUGUUGGCAGUGAUGACAAGGUUAGCUGUGCUGAAUCCUGGGCUUCUGCAUUGAUUUCAGAAUUGGAUCACUUCAGAAGCGGAAAACAGAAGGAAUCGUUGUCAUGCAAAAGUGUUGGAGCUUCAGAUAUAAAUCUUAUGGAUGACUUUGUUGAAAUGGAAAAACUAGCAGUCGUCUCUGUUGAAAAAGCCCCUGAUAUCUCCUGUGUUUCUUUCAAAGCAGUUAAUGAGAAUAAUGGCUUCUCAGAGACCAGGAAAAAUGAGACUACACCUGAAGCAGUAGGUAAGGAGAUCAUUCCAGUGUCUGAUCACAUUUCAAAUAUCUCACCAUCAAAUCAGAAAACCAGUUCCAUUGACUUAUCUAAGGGUAAUAUUCCCAAUUGGCUUCAGGAUGUAGUAAAAAUGGUCUCGGAACAAAGCUGUGUCACUCACAAAAACCCUGAUGAUAUACUUGAGGAUAUUAGAGUAGCUUUGAGGUAUCUGAAUAAUCCAGAUCCAUGUGACUUUGACUCAAGCAAAGGUUCUGGUCAUGCUGAUGCAUCUGAUCCUCCCCAUUUGAAUAACUGCAUUGCAUGGAAACCUUUGAAUAAUUCUUUGGUGGUAUAUCCAUCCACUGAUGCAAAUAAUGCUGACAUCUCAUCAAUGAAGAGAACCAAACAACAAUCUCAGGUAGAUUCAAGUAAAUCAAUAGGCAAGAUAAUUGAGCUUAUUGAAAGAAUCAGCCUGCCUGCUGUAGAAUAUGAUAAUUCAGAUCCCUUGUGCGUAAGAGAUGGCAAUAUCAUAUCAUACAAGAAUCCAGGAAUGUCAACGGACUACAUGGUCCGUGUUUUCCAGUGGAAAACAUCUGAACUCAGUAAUGUUUUACAGCAAUUUCUGCAUGUGUGUUAUGAUUUACUGAAUGGCAAGGUUGAUCAUGAAAAAUUUGCCAAAGAACUAACUACAGCUUUGGAAUGGAUUAUGAAUCACUGCUUUUCACUUCAAGAUGUUUCUAGUAUGAGGGAUGCCAUCAAGAAACAAUUUGAUUGGGAUGAGACACGAAGUGAAAGUGAAGCAGAGAUUGGGAUGAUAAGUCAUUUUGCCGAAGCAGAUAAGUUGCGUCUUCCCAGAGUACAGGUGCCGUGUUUGCCUCAAGCAUCUACUUUGGAUGGUCAUGAUCUUCAGACUGGAGAGAUGUAUUAUAAUGAGAAAGAAGAAUUGAAAAAUAUUAAAGAUAAAUUGAUCAGCACUGAAUCUCAAAAGGAAGUCUUGGAGGGGAGACUUCAAUCAGCUACUGAUAGGAUUGAAUCCUUAAUGAAUCAACUUGGGGAAUCAGAGAAAACUAUUGACAGCUUGAGAUUAGAGUUACAAUCUUUAAAAGAAUCCAAUGGCAUACUUGAGGAUCAAAUAAGAAAUCACAAAUUGAAAAACUCAGAUCUUGACACACAGCGUACAGAAGCUGAAUUAAAAGAGGCUCAUCCCAAGGUUUUGGCAUUAGAAGAGGAACUAGAGAACAAGAACCACUGUUGUGAAGAAUUAGAAACCAGAUGUCUUGAAUUGCAGCUCCAGCUUGAAAACAUCUCAAAGGAGUGCUCAAACCAUGAUAUUAACCAGAAAGAUAAGCCACUGCGUUCUGACUUGGAGAUAACAGCUGCCUCGGAAAAGUUGGCUGAGUGUCAAGAAACCAUCCUUAACCUUGGGAAGCAGUUGAAGGCAUUGGCUGCACCAAAGGAUGCAUCCCUUUUUGACAAUGUCAUUGCCGUGACCAGUACCACCAUGAAUGUGGAUCCAAGCCCUGCCACCCCAAAAGUUAUGAAAGUGAAGAAUCGAUCUCUACUUGAUCAGAUGCUGGCUGAAGAGGAUACUAAACCCAAGGUUUCAAAAGCAAGUGAUGGCAACUCCAACCCUAUCACCAUUCCAGGCAUUAUAGAGCCCCUGGAAAAGAUAUUAGCUUUGAAUGAAAUUAAAGGCCAGGAUGUCAGCGCUACUGUUAAUUCUCUGGCCAUUGUACCUUCUAAGAAACCGGGAAGUGGAAGUUUGUGGAAGAAGAUAUUAUGGAGAAAGAAGAAAAGUGCCAACAUAAAAACACCCCUUCCCUUGAAGACAUGAAAUGCUUAUACAUAAUAAAUUGUAGUGUUGUUCAGUACAGUACUUACCUAAAGAAGGAAAACUGUAUUUCCUUAAUAUAUUUUAUUGAAGGGAGUCAAGUUAGUUGAUUGGUGUUUGGG